CACUGGUAUGCCAUUGAAUACCGCCUCCACUGUGUCAUUUGUCUGUGUCCUUGAUGUCUAGAAGUAGUCGAAAUCUAUGUCACUAUACUCUCAUUUGUGUGUGCUAUCACGGCGGCGGGCAUUGAGGUCGUUCUAUAUAUCACCAUCGCUGUGCCGCCAUGUCUCCAUCGACGUCAACUCGAGAGCUUCAUAUACCGAGCCCACUCCGUCCCACCUGGUCAGGUUCGCUCUGACAGGUACCACGAAACCUUCCCACAAUGACGUCUCCAAUCCGGAGCUUGACAAACACCUCUCGGACAUAUUUCUCGGUGAUUGGCCUUUGGUAUCUCUACCACCACCUUUUUGGAGUUCUUCUGGUCGACAGCCACAAAACCCCGAUGAAAUCGCGUUGUUCAAAGCCCUGAAACAUGACGUCCGAAACCUGCGUCACUUGCAGGUACUCAUUGAAAGAACUAUCAAUGAAGUAGAAGGCAGUCUACUUUUACAGACACAAUCCUGCGCCCUUUUAGCGCAAGCGUUGAAUCGUUGCCAGCGAAAGAAUUCCUACGGCGAGAUUCUCUCGGCGCUCAAUGCUAUCAUCACAAGACUGGAGAGGCUGGGACUACCGCGUACGAGUAAUCUAUACUUUCUGGGGAUGUACUAUGCUGCACUUUCAUUGUCUGCGCCGGCUCUUGAAAGGUUUUUGGACGGGUACCUUUCCGUUGGCCUGUGGCCCAUGGACAGCCUCGCAAGUAAGUCUCUAGUGAAUGCGCUCCUCAAUGCCCUUCACUAUCAGAGGUUCCGUGAGGUUACUAUUAAUACGAACGCGAUACUGGAGUUGAUCGAGGGAGGUAAACAACAAAGGAAGAAAACCCUUCACGAUCUGUUGUCCUGGGGCGAUUCUGCCGGCCCAGCCAUGCAUCGGGGGCAUUACCUUUGCUUACUCGCGAAACUGCGGAGCAAAGACCUUCUGUCUGAAGUAUGGAGGCAAGCGAUGUGGAGACUUUCGCCAAGCGCUUCCCCUGAAAUGUACCAAUGCAUGUACUCUUGUAUAUUGACUCUGACGGAAAGUGGUGAUGUUGUCCAAGCUAUGGAUUACUUGCAGGAAGUGUCGAAACACUCCCAGGGAAUGCUUCCUGGUAUUUCCGAGUUCAAAGAUGUCAACACACUGCUUGAGUCAGAAGUUAUUGGUCCCCUAUUGCCUCGGAUGGCAGGUGAGAAAGAGUACUUGAAGCUUCUUGAGACCCAACUAAUACAGAUCGAGCACAAGCUGGGUCUUAGUUGGGAUUCUGAUGGCCCCUUUCACACGAAUAUAAGUGAUCCGCACUCGAUAAUAUCUGAUAUACCUCUCUUCAAUAUCGAUGGUGACAGCACAGGCUAUGAGAGCGUUGCACGAUUAAUUACCGAAAUCAACGCCUCCGGAUGCUCCAGGUCAGCAACAGAUCUCGGGAAGAUUGCAGAACUGCUCGAAGAACACGAGGGAGACAUUAUCCCUGUAUCUUUGCCAUCAACUGAAGGCCAGAAUGAGGAGUAUGCCUGGUUUCCCCAGUAUUCUCCAGUUCAGUGUUUGGGGGCCUCUCCGUCUGCUGGAAAAGAGGGCACUGAGUCUUGGACACCUUCAACGCUAGGUUUAGUCCGUGUCAGCUGCGAUAGGAGUGGAUCCCCUCUCGAACGUUCCAUUCAUGUGAUGCAGCUUGGUCGUUUGGCAAGGAGAGCCAGAUGUUCACAUGAUCAGGAUCCAAGCUAUGAUAAUCCUUGGGAAGAGACCGAGCAUAUGAUUGCGUGGGAUCGUGUCUAUGGCCAGCUCAUCGCUGUAUACGUUGGACCAAGCGACGGGCCUAUUGAGAGUCGCAUAGAGUCACGAGCUGCACGAGCGCGAUCUGGUAUUGAGGCGAUCACCACAGUCUCUCUUCAUGGUGAAACGGCGGCAACUUCUCAGGGUGAUCUGAUAUCUUUUAUUGGAAAUGCGUCUAUGCAUUAUUACAUCGAGGAAGAUCCAAGUCCGGACCUCAUGCUAUGAUUGCUUCUCUUUUUGGUCACUGGUGUACAUAAGCAUUGAGCUCGAAGUACUUGCUCAGCACAGAUAGCCUCUUUCUGAUACGAUGCUUUUCCGGCAAUUACCAUCGAAGACUUUCAUGGAAGAAGCUCAUAUUAGCUCUGUCGGAUAUUGCAUCUUGCAAAGUGUGUCCGCAUUAGGGCCUUAUUUCCCCCUACGCUCGGAAGCUAAUGCUAUAUUU